AUGAAUCAAAAUGUACAAAGAAAAGAUCUGAACAAAAUUGUGAUUGUGACCAUCGCGAUCUUUGCAUCGUUUUGUUUAAUUUCACUCUUUCGCUCAAUUUUAACACAGGAAAAGCCUCAUUUUGAUAUUCCACAAACCGAAAAUAAAGAGAUCUAUCUUGAUUAUGCAGGGGCUGCUGUCUAUAAAAACGAGCAAAUCGACAAAUUUUCAAAUCUUUUAAAAAAUCAUUUUUACUGUAACACUCACUCUCCAAAUGUGUGUGGCCUUCGAAGUGCCGAGGAGCUAAGAAAAGCACGCAAACUAGUUUUAGACUUUUUCAGUGCGUCGAAUUAUGAAGUUGUAUUUACAAGUGGAUGUACUGCUGCACUUCGUUUAAUAGGGGAAUCAUAUCCCUUUACGAAUUCAAGUAGUUUUAUCUUCACUGAGCAGAAUCACAAUUCCGUCUUAGGUAUUCGUGAAUUUGCCAAACUUCGUGGAGCAUCGUUCCAGUCAUAUUCCACCUUUGAUGACAUCGAGACCAAGGUGAAGACGAACACACAGACACUUUUUGCGUAUCCUGCGGAGAACAAUUUUGAUGGUGAGCAAUACCCACUUGAGUGGAUUGAUCAGAUAGAGCGUCAUGCCAAUUGGAAUUGUGUCUUAGACGCUGCUGCAUAUGUCAGUCAUUCUCCACUCAAUUUAACACAACACACCCCAUCUUUUGUGACGUUAUCCUUCUACAAAAUCUUUGGAUUUCCAACAGGCAUUGGCGCGUUAUUAGUGAGGAAAGACGUCAUCACCAAACUUAGUCCAAUUUACUUUGGAGGCGGAACCGUCUAUUCCUCUUUACCACAAACAGACUACAAAAUAUUUUAUAGUAAAGCACCAAAGCUUGAAGCAGGCUCAUUGUCGAUACAGACAAUCGUCGCGCUUCAAUUUGGCUUUGAAAUGAUUGCCAAAAUAGGCGUGACAAACAUCCAGAAGACAACAACUGUGUUAGCAACACGACUAGCUCAUACCCUUCACUCAACCAAACACCAAAAUGGGAAAAACGUGUUUGAGAUCUACGGAAAUUUCUUUACUACGAAACUGCAAGGCCCGACUGUCACUUUCAAUGUCUUCAAUGAGAAGGGGGAGAUGUACCCAACAGCCAAAUUAAAUGCGUUUCUUCGAGAAAAGAAGAUCAAUGUGCGGACAGGGUGUAUGUGUAACCCAGGAUCAUGUCUGUCUGCCGUUGGCAUUGAUAUACAAGAUUAUAUGAGUCAUAUGACGGGGAUACAAACGGAUGGACUUGACCCUGAGUCAUGUUUGGAUAUAGUCAUUGGGAAUAAGGAGGCGGGUGCAGUGCGAGUGUCACUCGGGUAUGCUACAACACAAAAUGACAUAGUCGUCCUCGUUAAUGCACUUCAAGAAUUUUUACAGAGUAAUGGGUGGGUUGGGGACAUCCAUCUUGAUUGA